CAGAGCUUCCGAGCAGCCAUGUCUGGCCGCGGCAAGGGCGGGAAGGGCCUGGGCAAGGGCGGCGCCAAGCGCCACCGCAAGGUGCUGCGCGACAACAUCCAGGGCAUCACCAAGCCCGCCAUCCGGCGGCUGGCCCGGCGCGGCGGCGUCAAGCGCAUCUCCGGCCUCAUCUACGAGGAGACCCGCGGGGUGCUCAAGGUGUUCCUGGAGAACGUGAUCCGGGACGCCGUCACCUACACGGAGCACGCCAAGCGCAAGACGGUCACGGCCAUGGACGUGGUCUACGCGCUCAAGCGCCAGGGCCGCACCCUCUACGGCUUCGGGGGCUGAGACUCACCCAA